ACGGAGUACAUUAGUUAAAAAAAAAAAAACAAGUAGUCAAAGACACUAAAUAAAUGGAGUAGUAGAAAAAGUUAAAUUGUUGCACUUGAAAAAAAAAAAGGAUGAAGUAGUGUUGAGUAUUACGGAUUUAAUUGUCAACGAUGACUUUAGGAAUGAACACGUGUUUAAUGAGAAACGAUUCCAACUUAGCUUUUUUUUAUAGGGUAAAUGAGGGUAUAUUUUUAAGUAAAUAACUUGCUCAUAACUUCUAUUCAUUAGCAUAGAUUCAACAUACUCCAGCCAUAUUCCGCACUGCUGUAAAACAACAUAAAUAAUACUGUAUAAUUUAACUUGUUCAUACUCUUCAUAGCAUAGACUCGGCACACGCAAUUUCUACCCUACUCCUGAAGUAGCGAGAGCAUGAUACACAAUUACACAUCCAUAUUCCGUAACGCAGACUCGAUACACUCAAGUGUGCAUGAGACAUUGAGACUAGUGACCAAUUAUAUACCAACAUGCUAGUAUAUGUCUUAACAUCGCACUUAAACCAUCAAAGGCAAAUUUCACCGGCGUUGCUGCUCGCUUGUUCAUCGCCAUUCACCGCCACCAACAACAAUUUCUCACCUUGAGCAUAAAAUUUGGGAGCAUCUUCAAACUUUUUCCAGAAUUUGAAUUCAAGUAAUCGCUAAGCAAUGAAACGAAACAAGCAGAUGAAAGUGUAUCGUCAAGAAGAGUCCCAGUCCUCCAAUGCCUAUGUGCAGAUUUUAGGAACUGGUAUGGAUACUCAUGACACAAUGCCUUCAAUUCUGCUCUUCUUUGAUAAUUUCCGGAUUAUAUUUAAUGCUGGAGAGGGAUUACAACGAUUCUGUGCGGAGCAUAAGAUUAAGCUAUCAAAGAUAGAUUAUGUAUGUCUUUCUCGUGUUUGCUCAGAGACAAUUGGUGGACUUCCAGGGUUGCUUCUAACUCUGGCUGGCAUUGGAGAAGGACAUUCUGUCAAGCUACGGGGUCCAUCAAAUCUCAAACCAUUGGUUCAUGCACUCAAGUCCUUCAUUCCACAUGCUUCCAUCUGUGCGGAGAGAUUUGGAGUCAAUCUGUCUUCAGAUGCUCAAUCUCAUACUGGUUCAAGCCUGCCUGAAGGUCCUUUCUUUGUUUGUGGAAGUGCAGCUGUCAAAGUUUCAGCAAUUCUCUUACAACCAUGUAUUUCUGAAGAUUCUUCUCUAAAACCUAGUGAUGUGUCUGUUGUCUACAUCUGUGAGUUGGCCGAAAUUAAAGGGAAGUUCCACAAUGAGAAGGCUGAUGCCCUUGGUCUAAACCCUGGACCCAAGCGCAGAGAACUUAAAAACGGGAAAUCUGUCAAGUCAGAUCGCUUAGAUAUUAUGGUUCACCCCAGUGAUGUGAUAGACCCUUCAACCCAAGGCCCUGUUGUACUCAUAGUUGACUGCCCAACUGAAUCUCAUGCAGGAAAGCUAUUUAUCACCCAAUCUCUUGGUAAAUACUAUGCAAAUCUUUCAGGUGAAGCACUUGAAACUGUGAAUUGUGUAGUCCAUCUUACUCCUGCUUCUGUUGUACAAACUAUAAAUUAUCAGAACUGGAUGAAGAAGUUUGGCUCAGUACAACAUAUUAUGGCUGGAUAUUCAAUGAAGAAUAUGAAUAUACCGAUUCUAAAAUCUAGUGCUAGGAUCACAAACCAGCUUAGUUACCUGUGUCCUCAGUUUUUCCCAGCUCCUGACUUAGAGUUUCAUGAACAUCAAAAUGCUGAAAUGGGCAUGGAGCCUGUUAAAUGGAUCUGUGAUAGUGUAUUAGCAGAAAAUCUUCUCAAGUUCACUUUACUUCCUCACUCUCAACUAGGUUUGGAUAAAUCAAAUGUUCCGGGUUUCAUACCCUCUUCACAAGUCAUUAGUGAUUUACUGCUGGAGAUUCCAGAAAUUGUAGAAGCUGCCCAGCAAAUCAGCCAGUUCUGGUGUGAGCCCACAGUGGCCAAAGGGGAUUCCACUAAAGAUAGAGAAGGAUUGAUUGGAGAUCCUUCAUUGGAUCAAAGUCCUCUUCCUAGUUGUUUAGAGAAUAUAAGGAGAGAUGAUGCAGAAAUUGUGCUGCUAGGGACAUGCUCAUCUCAGCCAUCUAAAUAUCGCAAUGUUAGCUCUAUCUUUGUUAAUCUUUUCGCCAAAGGUAACUUGCUCCUAGAUUGUGGUGAAGGAACGCUGGCUCAACUAAAAAGAAGAUAUGGCAUGGAUGGUGCUGCUGAUGCUGUAAAAAACCUAAGAUGCAUUUGGAUUUCACAUAUCCAUGCUGAUCAUCAUGCUGGUUUGGUGAGGAUACUUGCUCUGCGGCGUGAUUUGUUGAAGGGAACCCCUCAUGAACCAUUACAUGUCAUUGGGCCCAAGUACCUUGAAUCAUUCCUGUAUAAAUACAAAGAUCUGGAAGAUAUAGAUAUGCAGUUCCUUGACUGCAGAAGCACCUCUCAAGCCUCAUGGGACACAUUCAAGCGUGGUCCUGUGUUGACAGAUUACCAAACUUUUUCACCUGAUAGCAUGAAAGAUGAGCAUGUGAACGAUGAAAAUGAGGAGGAUGGAUGUUUGCAGAGGUGCUCAAAGAGACAGAAAACAAAUAUUUAUGUGGAUAAUUGUGUAGAUUAUGGUUUACAAAAGAGCUUGAGUGAAGUUUUGAAAGAAAUGGGCCUGGCAAGAUUGAUAAGUUUUCCUGUUGUGCAUUGUCCUGAGUCAUUUGGUGUUAUAUUGAAAGCAAGGGAAAGAGUCAACAAUGAUGGAGCUCUGAUUCCAGGGUGGAAGGUUGUCUACUCAGGUGACACUAGGCCAUGCACUGAAGUAAUACAGGCAGCUGAAGCAGCGACUCUUCUUAUACACGAGGCGACUUUUGAAGAUGACCUUGUGGAGGAGGCAAUAGCCCGAAAUCACAGCACCUCUAAAGAAGCCAUGGAGGUGGGGAGCUCUGCUGGUGCAUAUCGCAUUAUUCUUACACACUUCAGCCAACGGUAUCCUAAAAUUCCUUCAAUUAGCAGUGAGAUCAACUUGGAAAAGGCUAGCAUUGAUUUUGAUCUCAUGAGUGUAAACUUAGCGGACUUGCCUAUACUCCCUCGCAUUCUUCCAUAUUUAAAAUUACUGUUUAAAGAUGAUAUUACUCGAACACUAGAAUGUGAUGUAUAAUUGGUCGCAAAUGAGAUUCGUGAUCUUAUUAUAAAGUAUUUUUUGUGCUC